AAUAAUAUAACCACCCGAAUAGGUCAAGUAUCCACAAAUAUUAAAUAUACCAAUACUCGUACUCAGCCCUAGAUGAACCCAAUAUUAUUUGAAGAAUGAAAAUCUGAACGAACCAAUAUGUGGAGGGCAUCCUUGGAAGGGUCCUACAGCAUGGACUGGAGUCUCGCGCCGUGUGCUUACAUUGUUUCAGGUAAUAUUUUUCACGCUAGGGCACCCAGAAAGGGCCAUGGUAAGCUCAAGCUCAUCUUUCAGCAUGAAGACAAGCCCUUCUUACCCCAUGUUCUCCCUUUGAUGCAAGCCUGAAGACAACAGGCCUCCCAAUCUGCAGUACUUAGAAUUUAUGCUAAUACAUACAGGUAAGGAUAAAGAUUAGAAAAGCAUAAUUUUAUUGUUAAAAAAGAAAUUGAGAAGCAUAACAGGUGAAAAUACAAAAUAGUAUUGCCAAUGCUUAUGAACACAAGACAGGAAAAAUAAAUUUUAAACAGAUCUAAGGAAUAGUUGGAUGCGAAAGAUCUUACCAGGACAGCUUGUACACCGAGGGCCAAUCCUUUGAAGAUAUCAGUUCCCCACCUUAUUCCUCCAUCGAAUAGAACUGGAAUCUUUCCUCCAACAGCAUGGAAAACUGGCAAAUCCACAGUAUAUUAAUGUGUUAAAAGAAAAAAUUUCUCACCCUUGCUGAUCACGAAUAUCUCCAAAUAUCAUGAAUAAGGGAUCCAUGCCUAAUGCAAAUGCUGUAGCAGGGCAUGCACCAGCAAGUAUAUUUUACUCUUAUAAGUAAAACUCAUGUGAUUUCAAUGAAAAUGGUAUACUUUGGAUGCUUCUCUAUAUUUAUUUAAUUAUUGUUCUUGCAUUCGCUAGCAACUGUCAUUUGUUUAGUGAUUUCUCUGGUUUUGUAAUGUUCUGCCUCAUUUAUAGAUGUAUUAGAGGGCUACUGUUGGUAUGUAAAUGGUAUUAUGUAACCUGCAUUUGUAUAAUUGGGAAAGUUUUGAUGUUUUUUUGCUUGAGGUACUUGUUAGGUCUAGCUUGUAAGAACUGUACCUUUUAUCUAACGAAAAUUUUCAUUAUAUAGUCCCUUACGACUUGUUUGGUUGGUUGUAAUGGCUGUUGCAACAUGUAAUGCUAAGAUAUUUCUGAAUUGGUCAAAACCAGAAAAUAAGAGUUGUAAACCAAA